GUUUUCAUGAUUUUCUAUGUUAAUAAAUUGUAUUUUUACCAUAUAAAAUGACCCGUAGAAACUUUUUGCAAUCAAUUCCAAUUGCCAUAAAAUUAAGCCAAAUCAAUUUUUCACUCCUUUCAUCCACAUGGAAUUCACGAACUCGAUUCUUCCCCAACUAUUUCUACGUUAAGCAGUUCGUGCUCCAGCUUGAUUUAUUUACCCCGGUCUUUUGAAUGCCCAAUGUUGCAUUCAAAAAGACAAUGUCUCCACCAGAAAGAUUUCUGGUGGUGGGCAAAAUUCUCCUCUUGUUCUCUGGUGGAGGCACCCGAUUGCAAAAAAAAAUUCA